GAAUCCCGGUGGAUGUACCGUCAUGCAGCGCGGUGGGUUCUUCCAGAGAACAGAGAUGGCGGCCGGUUAGAGCUACACGUAAACACCGCAUUUACAUUAAGCCGGACUCCCCGAAACUUUGAGGGGCAGCCAGCCUUACCCACCGCCGCGGUAACACCGCAGCAGACACACGGGAGAUCCCCGGCAGACUCUUUACAUUAUCUGCUUUAAAAUCCAACAAAUUUACAAACACUAUUUCCAAACAAAAACAUUAAAAUAUGGACGAACACCCAGGAGGAGGAGGAGGAGGAGGAGCGGCCGCCCAGCGACAGCCGCCUUCACCGCAGCAGCACCAGCAGGGGAGCAGCAGUAGCGGUCCUCCUAUCGGGGCAGUCAUGGUCCCGCAACAGAACGAAGAUUUGCCCCGGCCACAUCAGCAGUACACUAUUCCCGGCAUCCUGCACUACAUCCAACACGAGUGGGCCCGGUUCGAGAUCGAGAGGGCACACUGGGAAGUGGAGAGGGCCGAACUCCAGGCCAGGAUAGCGUUUCUGCAGGGGGAGAGGAAGGGCCAGGAGAACCUGAAAAAUGACCUGGUUAGAAGAAUUAAGAUGUUAGAAUAUGCUUUAAAGCAGGAAAGGGCAAAACACCACAGAUUAAAAUAUGGAACAGAGUUAAACCAGGGAGAAAUGAAGAUGCCAAUCUUUGAAUCAGACACCAAAGAGUCAGAGGUCUCUGCUGUUCCUGCUAACAGUCAGCUAAUGUGGAAGCAAGGACGGCAGCUGCUCAGACAGUACCUUCAGGAAGUUGGAUACACAGACACCAUCUUGGAUGUUCGCACUCAGAGGGUUCGCUCUCUGCUCGGUCUGUCGGGUUCUGAGCAGAACGGCUCGGUGGAGAAUAAGAACUUGCAGCACCUGAUCAAUGGAACGGAGCGUUGUAAAGACUCUAAGAGGAUUCCAAGUGACAAUCUGGAGACAUUCAACUUCCUGGAAAACGCUGAGGACAGUGAUGAAGAGGAUGAUGAAGAAGGAGACCUGAUGGAUGACAUCAGCUCUGACAAACAACACAGAACUAAAAAACAAAAGGCUAACAUAGGGAACGAGGGCUUGGCCUCAGAGGAUGACGCAGACACAGAGGAAGCCCUAAAAGAGUUUGACUUCUUGGUGACUGCAGAGGAUGGAGAAGGAGCAGGGGAAGCUCGCAGCUCUGGAGAUGGGACGGAGUGGGUGGAACCUCUACCUUUCCCCUCUGGUGGGGGGAAGUCCUUUUUAUUGGGGGGGUCGGACGAUGUACUGGAAAGCGUGUUGGGUUUGGGGGACCUAGCUGACCUUACUGUCACCAACGAUGAGACAGACUUCGGCUAUGAUCUGUCAUCUACUAAAGAGUCUACAUUCAGGAAAACGUGGAACCCCAAGUAUACGCUGCGGAGCCACUUUGAUGGAGUCCGAGCGCUGGCGUUUCACCCGGUGGAGCCCUGCCUAGUCACCGUGUCUGAAGACCACACCCUCAAACUGUGGAACCUCACAAAGACUGUUCCAGCCAAAAAAAGUGCCUCUUUUGAUGUGGAACCCAUCUACACAUUUAGGGGUCACAUUGGCCCGGUUCUGUCCUUGGCGAUGACCUCCAGUGGUGAACAGUGUUUCAGUGGUGGUAUUGACUCCAUCAUCCAGUGGUGGAACAUCCCCAGCUCUAAUGUUGAUCCCUAUGACACUUACGAUUCCAGUGUCCUGGCGGGUUCACUGUUGGGACAUACGGACGCUGUAUGGGGGCUGGCUUAUAGUGGUAUCAAGAACCGACUGCUGUCCUGCUCCGCCGAUGGAACAGUGAAAUUAUGGAACCCUGUGGAGAAAGAACCCUGCAUCAGCACUUUCAACACAAACAAUGAACACGGAAUCCCCACAUCCGUGGAUUUCAACGGUUGUGACCCCGCCCACAUGGUGGUUUCCUUUAAUAAUGGAGACGUGGCGAUAUAUGACCUGGAGACUUCCCAGACUGCACUGGUGCUGAAGGGUCAAGGAGACAGCACGGUCCCAUGUUUGAAUCAUAUUAAUAAAGUAGUGAGUCAUCCCACGCUGCCGGUCACUGUCACCGCUCAUGAGGAUCGACACAUCAAAUUCUUUGAUAAUAAGUCAGGUAAAGUGAUCCAUGCCAUGGUGGCUCACCUAGAUGCAGUGACCAGUCUGGCAGUAGAUCCUAAUGGCAUCUACCUGAUUUCUGGCAGUCAUGACUGCUCUCUCCGACUGUGGAACCUGGACAGUAAAACAUGCGUACAGGAGAUCACAGCUCACCGUAAGAAGAGCGAAGAGGCCAUCUAUGAUGUGACCUUCCAUCCGUCCAAGGCCUACAUUGCCUCUGCUGGAGCAGACGCCCUCGCCAGGGUCUAUGUGUAGAUGAGGAGAAAAGAAGCAGAGGACCGCAGGGUCAGAGUCAGGCCAGUCUGGAGACACAGCCAGGAUUCAGGUCUGUUCAGCCUUCUGAACACAGAGUACACAUCCAUAUGAAGGGAGCUGCAGUAGAAGACUGAAAAAUCCCCAAAACACACAGAUGAUUACACAGUUGGGUUGCGUCGUCUGCUUCGAUUGACUGAAACACGUCUCGGCAGGCCAAAUAGCUCCCAUGCUGUGACUCCGUCCAGCAGACAGACCACAGUUUGCCUGUCCUCCUCGUCAUAUUUAACUCUAGUGCAAUCUUCAUAUCCAGAUGUAGGAAAGCUAAAGGAAAAAUCCCCCUAAAAGCAGCUCUGUUUGUUGUAAUUUCUCCUUUCUGUUGAUGGCAGUGAGAUUCUGUCCAUCCUGAUUAACUCUUUGGCUCAUUCUUCUCCAUCACGGUUAGCUCUUUAUUUGUGCCAUGACCAAACCAUGCCAUUAUGAGAUUUUUAGCUGUUGUAUUUGUCAUUUUUACUACAUCCCUGUGUUCUGCUUUUCAAACAUUCACUUACAGGAAGGCAGUCAGUAAAUGUAGUUUAUCAUUUCAAACAGUGAACAGUAUUUUUGUCAAUAUUUCUACAAGUGUUAAGGAUGGAUGCUUUAAAUGUUCAACUUGUUAAAGUACAAAUAGCUGCAGCUAGUAGUUAAAUGGACCUUUUUGGUCCUUUAAGCUUUCUGUAAUGACAAACUAUACUUUCACUUGGAAAGAUAAAGUCUGAAGUUAUCACCUUUAAAUGCUGUUUUCACAUUAUUUCUGAGUGAAGGAUAGUUAAGUCCAUAAGAAGUCCUCUGUUAAUGUUGCAGUUGGUGCUUUUUAACCCGAUGUAGCUUUCAACAGUUCCUGAAAAUCUUCAGUUUUACAGUGUAGCUUAGUUAGCUUCUGCUGGUUUAAGUGCAGUUACGUGUACUGGAGACACGCGCAAAUCCCUCCUUUAGUCGUCCUGCUACUGCUCUGCAGGGCAAACACAUGUUCAGCCAACACUCUUCAGAUAAAGCCAGGGUUCAUCAAGCUGUCUGCUCAGUGAAUAAAGAGAAACACACAGCCUGCCUAUAAGUUAGGAGCAAACAUGUCUGAUCUGGCUAACAUCAGGGUCCCAUCUGGUUGGAAAAAUGUCUGUUCUGUCCCAGUAGUGAUAGAGCAAGAUUUAAAUAUUUAAUAUUUCAUUUACAGUUGUUCACAACUUGGUGUAUAGAAACGCACCGUGUUUCCUCACCACCAGCCAUCUUGGUCGCCUAAAAUCCACAGACUAAACUUUUAUUUCCUUAAACGGAACCCUCUGCAGAUUUUUAAUUCAGUCACCUGAAGUACCAAAAACACUGACAUCAAUGAUCUUUUAAAGAGACAGGUCUGAAGUUUUGAAGUGGGGUUCUGUGGAGUAAGUUCUAAGCAGUAGCUAUCCUACCAUCUAUCCUAAUGUGACUGUAGUUGUAAGGUUUAUAAAAAAGAGCUCACAACCACUUUGACAUUUUUUGAAAGUAGAAAUUGGCUUUUCUCUUGGUGCUGGUCUACUAGCUGUUAGCCAGAAAUCUAAUUCUGAUUUUCAUCAAAGCGAAUAUGCUAAUAAUGGUCGGUUAAAGGAAAAUUCUACAGCAUCACAACUCUUAACAGAACCCCACUUUAACAUCGUCUGUGGAAAACACUUCAAGCUCAUGUACUGCUUCCUGUUUUGUGUGUACACUAGAAAGCACCGCCACUUUGUUGGUUUACUUCCACUUCCUAACACCAGAGUAAUCAUUUCCUGAAUAAUUUCCAAAGCUCAGCCUGAGAAUCACUGAACCUGUUGAGACAUUUGGUGUUCACUCAAAGCUUUUUAACAUCCAAACAUUUCAUACAAAAAAACAUGGGAUGGGGGGAUUUUUCCUUUAAGUCUUGACUGAACUGAAUAUCUGAUGUAUGAUCUCUGGUUUUCUCCUUUUUUUAAAAAAUAUUUAAAUGUGCUGAUGUGGCCAGGAAAAUGUUUUAGCAGCUGUACAGUUUUAAAGAAAUUUAAAUUAAGAAAUUAAAAAAACAUGAGUUUUUGUGUUGAAAUACUUGCUGAGCAAUCACAGCUGGUGAAAUGUCUGAUAUCGUGUAAAUCUGAUGAGGGUAGAGCUGAUUGGAACCAGAACUCUUCCUCUCAGGCUGACAGGCCACAUGGAGCCCCUCAUCUGAAGCUGAGUAUUUUUGCUUGUGUGAAAAAAAGUCUAGUUUUUAUAAUCUUUUUUAUAGAAAUGUUGUUACUAGAGCCAAGGAGCUGUCCUAUUGGCCACCCCUGUGUUCUCAAAUUAACCCUCUGUUUGCCAUCACACAGUGACUCCUACUCCUACAGAUAUGAAGAGCUUAAGUCAUGUAGAGGAAAGGGGUCAGGUUCAGCUUUUGAAAGCGUGAAACUGUGUGGCUGGCCAGUUUUAAAACCAAAUCUAUUUUAAAUUAGAUAUGGAAUUAACCAGCAGGUCGUCAUCCAGAGCUCCUAUCCAGAGCAGAUGUACAACAGGAGAGAUGAAGAUAUGCUCUAUACUUACUGACAGAAACGGUUAGGCACCAAGUUAUGCCGUUAUACAGCAGCUGCUCUCACACAGUGGUUUGAUUCCACCUCUGCUCCUGAUAGAAAGAAUUAAGAACGGCUUACAGCAGCAGAGCCAGAAAAAAAUCUUUCUGCACUUCUUCUGUCUUAUAUUAGAGUUUAUAAAGAGGAACCACAAUCAGCUAAAAUUAGUGUCGACAGGUCAAAGCUUUACAGGAACCGAAGAUUAGAAAUCAGCCACAGAAUCCAGAUCCUCCCACUGAACACCAGGCAAGGAAAAUAACAGUAAGAGGAACUAGUAUUAGCAUUGGAGACAUCAUGAAAGUCCGAACUAAAAUACUCGAUAAGUUAAACUGCUGACUCAAAUGUUUUUGUCUUAUUACACUGAAAAUGUCUGAAAUAUGGAUCCAAACUUAAUGCUGUUGUCACUGAAUUAUAAACCAUUGAUGUUUAGUCUUCAUUUUCCCUAUUUAUUAGCAAUACUUACAUCAUAUGUCAAGAACCUACAGAAGUCAUUUUAUCCAGUGAUGAGAUGUUUUUGUGAAACAGUUGGCUGACGAUUAAGAACAAGUGAACCUGAACCCAGCUGUGGUCCAUGCAGGAGAAGCUUUAGGAAACCUGGAGGUGCGUCUGCUUCAGGCUGAACAAACUUCUCUUCUUCACAUGACUUCUGUCAGUGUUUGGCUCCUGUUUGCUGCUGCAAAUCCUACUGACCUCACACAUAUUUCAGUCUAUUUUAUCAGAAAGCAGCGCAUUGGCGCUUCUAUAAAAAGCGAUCUUUGAGUGGAUGUGGGAAGCGGCCAUUUGUUAGGAUGUGACUUCAUUGUUGUGCUUUGUUCUGAUGCACAGUUUUAGUUUGAAUUUUUGUUUGAAGCGUUCCUGACCUGAGUGGCUUCUGGUUAAUCACAAGUCCAAAAGAAAUUUCAUUUUAAAUAAAGACUGAGAUCAACCUUUUAACUCUGUCUAAACCAUGGUUAAUUCAAGAAAGUAUUUUUUGUAGUCUUCCCAUAAAAACAAACAAAUUGCAGCUUAGAUUUGUUUUGUUUUUAUAAAUUGAACAACUGUUUUUCAGAACUGUACCACAGAGCAGAAUACAGAAGUUGUAAUGUAUAUAAAAUGUCUAUAAUAAGUAAUAAAUGGUGUACCUGUA